GGCGGGGCGGCACAGUGAGCUCCCGGGUUCCCGGCUCUAGGCUCCCGGCACCCGGCUCCCUUUUAGUCCAUCCGCCCGAGCCGCACCCCGCCCGGGGUCGAGCCACCGAACCGCGCCGAAGACGUAGACAUGGGGCUGCCCGCGGGGGCGGCGGCGCUGCUGUUCGCGCUGCUGUUCGCGCUGCUGGCCGAGGGUUGCUCCAUCCAGAGGUGGAGGCCAGGUGGGGGCACACCUGGUAACACAGUAUGUUGCCAUGUGCAAGGAUUCAUGUUCAAGCCCCCGCUCCCCACUUGCAGGGGGGAAGCGUCACAAGUGGUGAAGCAGAUCUGCAGUGCACAGAGGCCAAAAAGCAUUGCUGGUAUUUCGAAGGACUCUAUCCAACAUAUUACAUGGUUAUCGCUGUGGUCCAGUGCCUACACAAUGCCGGCCCUACGAGGACUGCUGUGGCUCCCGGUGCUGCGUGCGGGCUCUCUCCAUACAGAGACUGUGGUACUUCUGGUUCCUGCUGAUGAUGGGUGUUCUCUUCUGCUGUGGAGCCGGCUUCUUUAUCCGGAGGCGCAUGUACCCCCCGCCGCUGAUGGAGGAGCCUGCAUUCAACGUGUCCUAUACCAGGCAGCCCCCAAACCCUGCUCCAGGAGCCCAGCCUGUGGGGCUGCCGUAUUAUACCGACCCUGGAGGACUGGGUGUGAAUCCUGCUGGGAACCCAAUGGCCAUGGCGUUCCAGGUCCAGCCAAAUUCACCACAGGGCAGCACGGCCUACCCGCCACCCCCCUCCUACUGCAACACCCCCCCACCCCCGUAUGAACAGGUGGUCAAGGACAAGUAGGGGUUCCAUGGCCCCACCUCACCCCCUGGCCUCCCUGUCCUCACCCAUGUUGGUGUCCAGGAACCGUGUUGUGAGGCGCCAAGGGCAGCUGCUCCCCACCCUCAGAGCCCCUGGCGGGCCCCCCCUUCCCCACCCAUGGAGGACCAGUGUCUGAGCUCACCCUAUGUCUCCCUGUUGCUUCUGUCUCUGCCAUGACUGUGCCCAGUCCAGGAGCUGACACUUGGGGCUCCCAGGCCCUCAGGCAAAGGAGGACAUGGAUGGCAGGGCUCCAGGCACAAGGCCCCCCAUUCCCCACCUCCCUCCUGGGAGUCAGCACAGCUGGAACACAUCCCUUCCCAGGACCUGCCCUAUUACUAGUCUCUGCUCAAGGGAGACUCUGGGUGGGGAAAAGCCGCUCAGUACUGCCUGUCUCCGCUGGCUCCUAGAGACAGAGGCCCUUCUGCACUGCCCCUACCCCUGGGAAACUGUGCAGCUUUUGCUCAGCUAGCUACACAGAUGGGGACCCAGAGGCCUUGCUGGGCAUCUGCAGCCCCCAAGAUGUCACUGAAGAACACAAUUUCAGCUCCUGGACAGUUGCCCCCUGGGGUGCCAUGGUGUGACUCCCAAAGAGAAGAGUAUCCCCCGUUGUUGUCUGUUCGUGGAAGCUGUGUAGACCCUGGCCCUGGAGCCCAACCACUCUGUGGUCUUUCCUGUGUGAGAAGCACCCUUCCCAUCAUCCACUCCUAUGGUGGGUGGGUGUAAGGGACAGUUGGCAAACAGGCCUGUGAUGUUGGCCACUGAGAGAGGUGUCUCAGCAAGGCCUGUGGUUCCAUCUCAGCAUCUGGGAGCUGGGUUUUCAGAGGCCAGGCUUGCCGAGCAGGACACAGAGUCCAGGACUGCACUGACCUCAAUCAGAGUGAGGAUGCAGAAGACUGAGUCCUGGCUUAGAAACCGCCCCCCCUCCCCCACAGGGGGAGCUUACAGUGGGCGGUGGGCAUGCACCCUGUCUUACCCAGGCCCAGGCUUGGGUGUGUGGGAGAGGAGGGAGGGAGGAAGGGAGGGAGGGAGACACAGAGUAGCUUAGAUUACAAUGUGUGUAGGUGUAGGAUGGCCAGGCGUGCUCACUGGAACCUUGGAAAAUUGUUUCGCAUUAAACUUUGAGCAUCAGGAUACCUCCCUGGAGCUGGACAGGGUGUUUUCAGCCCCUGGCAACAGGAGUCUGUGUCCCUGAUCUGCUGGGAUGUCAGGGUGGGGAGGGAGGCGGGAGGGGGCAAGAAGCAGGAUGAGGCCACAGCCACUGCUCAGACUCACCUUGAAAACACAGCUUCCAAACAGAUGCUGCUGCCAGGCCUCUGGCCGCCCUGUGACCUCUCUGUUCUGUAUUCCCCACCCUUUAGUCCUGGAUUCAAACCAGAUGGCAAAGCACAAAAUGCUGUUUACAACCAGGGGCCACCACAUAGGUCCAAAAGUCCCUCCUCUUCCUCCAGGUCAUUUGUUUUGCUCUUUUUUUUUCUUAACUUCAGUCUCUCCCUUCAUUAUUAUUAUUCUUUUUUAAAAAUACAGAAGCACACCAGAGCUGCCCCCAGCACUGGGCCUAGUGCAGAUGAACAUCACCCAGAGGUCCACGACUCAGUCUUGUUUCUCUUUUUUGACAACACAGUCCUGAGACUCAACAGUUUAGGGAGGGCUCAGCCAUUUUCUAGCCCCACGUUUGUGUGAGGUGAGCUGUGUUCUCUCCUAGACUUGGGUGUGAGCCGGCUGCCAUGAGUUGCGCUGCUGUGUGGGGUCAUCCCCCUGCUGCGUUUCUGGCAUCUCCUGUCUUCUGUGCUGUGGGUGGGUGGGUGGCCCUGUUUUGAAGCCCCUGUGGUCAGUGAUCAGCUGUGAGCUUGGGGCAGAUCUGUGCAUGUUCUCCGUCUGCACCACUCAGCUCUGUUAUAUUUCUCGUCCUCUUUUGAUAGGGUCCUAUUUCCUAUGUAUGCAAAAUAAAACUAAAUUUGGGCACAGG